AUGCUCGUCCUCGUCGCUGGCGUAACUGGCAACAUUGGCCAAAAGCUGAUCGACGCCCUCCACGCUCGAGGCCAUCAAGUACGUGGCCUGGCGCGCAACCCCUCCAAACUCACAGAUGCCCGCCGCGCCAAAUUAGAAGACUUCAUCGUUGCCAAGAACCACUACGACAUUGAGGCCCUCGAUCGCGCGUGCAAGGGGGCCGAUGCCGUCAUCUCCGCCUACGGCGUAUCACCGACCGAGCUGGCAUUCGACGGGCAGCUUCUCCUCCUCCGGGCCGCCGAGCGCGCCAACAUUAACCGAUUCAUUCUCUCCACGUGGAAUAAUGACUGGAGUCGGGAUCCGUUGGGCAAGCACGAAAGCUACGAUCCGUACAUUGCCUUUCGCCGCAUCGCUGAGCUCAGCUCGCCCAUCAAGCCGCUGUACAUCUUCACGGGUGCCCUGGCCGAGGUCUUUUGGGUGUUCCCAGACCACCCGUACGGCUCGGUGGAAAGGAACGGGUACUGGAACGGUGCAGACAAGUCGUUGAGUUUCUGGGGCGACGGAAACGUAAAGAUUCCAUGGACCACUGAGCAAGAUGCGGCCGAGUUUUCCGCUGCGAUUAUUUCGAGAGAUGAUGCUGUGGAGGGUGGGUUCUGGAAUACAGUCUCUGGAGUUCAUACCGUUCGGGAGUUUGCCGCAGCGUACGAAAAGGUAAAAGGAAAAAAGGUUGGCUUGAAGACCAGGGGCACCGAUGAAGAUCUCAAAGCUCUUGCAUUUGAGGGUCGCAAGGCGGCGUCGUCUCGAGAAUUCUACAAGUACAGUGGGUUUUUCUUUCAACUUUACACCAACAACGGCAGCUGGGAUAUGGAAAAGAUUGACAACGAGAAGCUUGAUGUUCGACCCACGUCUCUGGAGGACUUUCUGCGAGACAACGAUAUUUAG